UUUUUGUUCAGCUCUAGGAAGUGGGCACGAAGAAAAGGGAAAUACAACGCUGAAAAUUAACAGCGGCAAAAAACGUUGUAAACAAUUGUAAUGUGCUCUGUGGUAUAGCUGCUGAAAAGGAUCGAUUAAUAUGACGGAGACCUUCGACGAGGAGCUGUUUGAGACGCGGCUAGAGGCGCUGAAGGACACGCAGGAGGGCAUCCAGCAGAUGUCCAACUGGUGCCUGCAGCACCGGAUGCACCACAAGAAGAUCAUCCAAUGCUGGCUGAACGUCUUCAAAAGGGUUCGCGUGGACCAUCGCCUGGUGCUGUUCUAUCUGGCCAACGAUGUCAUCCAGUACAGCAAGCGCAAGCGCUACGAGUUCGUCGAGUGCUGGGCCACAGCCCUCCAGAGAGCCACCACCAUGGUGCGCGACGAACGCGUCAAAGACAAAAUCCUGCGCAUCUUUAAGAUCUGGGAGCAGCGUGAAAUCUAUAACGAGGAGUACCUUAGCGACUUGAGCGGUCUCCUCAACAUUGCGCCGCCCAAAAAGUCCCAGGUCGAUGUCACCGAAGAGUUCCAGAAUGCAACAUUGAUAGCCCAAGUGAGGGAGUGCGUCGAACUGGCUGAGACCACUGACAAAAGUAUGCAGAAGUUGCCCAAGCCGCCAACCUUCGAGAUCGAGGUCAUCAAGCAGCAGCUGAAGGACAAGAGCCACUCGGGGGACAUUGAAAAGGAAGUGGAGCGCUGUGUGGCCUUCAUCAAUGCCUACAACAAGAACCUGCAGAACGAGAUUAAAAGUCGGAAGGCUGUACUGGCCAGUAUCGAAGCGGCCAAAAAGUUCUACGAGCACCAGGGAAAGGAAGUCAAAGUGGUGGCCAGUGCCUAUAAAAGUUUUGGCACGCGCAUUAAAAUAGUGAAAAGAAAGCUUGACGAGACUAUACCCAACCUGGCCAGCCCAAUACCAUCUCCUGAUGUGAAUGCUCCCUCGCCCGAGCGCGAUGCAGAUCUCCAGCUGCCGGAAGAAAACAAUUUACCAAUGAAUCUGUUUGGCGGUAGUUUGAAUGGCUUCUCUAGUUAUCUGGAUGGUGGCAAGCUGCCCUUUGACAUUAACGACUUCAAGCGGGACUCGAAGGAUCGGGGAAGUGCCAUCGAGGUGAUCGGUUCGCGAUCGGAUGACGAGGCCUAUGUGCCGAGUGCAAAUUUCUACAAGCCCGACACCAUUUCCAGUUCCGAGAGCAGCGCAAUACCGGGCCUUGGCGGAGGUGGAUCCGCUGAUUAUACCCCCAAUCCGCCCCUGUUUGGUUCCAGCAGCCAAGAGCAAUAUGUCCCGCCACCACCGUCGCAUCUCUAUGGUGGCAACGGAAGCGUAGGAGGCAGUGGAGGGCAGGAUAAUCAAUACACUCCUGCGCCGAUGCCACCGCCACCCUUACCACCAUCUCUUGGACCCUCUAGUGGAUCGGCCGAUGAUUUUAAUAGCACCUGGAACAUGAGCAUGUCCUGGACGCCGCUGGACACUAGUUUAAAUAGUAGUGGAGCGAGCUCCUCCUCGUAUGCGAAUCAAUCGACACCCCACUCGCCGCCUCACUUUGAGAGAAAGGGCAACUCAGCAACUGCUCCACUCGAAUAUAACGAGCAUCUGCACACCAAUCCCGCAGCGCUGGGCGCCGAGGAUGUGGACCAUCGCACUCUGCAGCUCCCGCCUGCCUUCGAAUUCGGUGCAAAGUUGGGUUUGAGCAAGGACAAGUCGCGGCAGCUGGUGGACAUUGAUCACAGGAAUUUAAUAUCACUCACUGGCUCACCCGGCGGAGCGGAAAAGUCUUCGUUUCAGGACUUCACUGGCGGUGAUGUUGACUACCGCAUUGUACCGAAUCCCAAUGAUGAAGGCAUCAUGGCUCCACCUGGCAAUAACUAUGCCAAAAACAAAACCAGUUCACCACUUAAAUCCAAUGCCAUAGGCUCCUCCUCUGAAUCGGAUCGCGUGGACGGUGCUGCCCGUUACGAUCCCGCUGACAUGGUGAUUGAUAUGGACAUGUCAGAUGAUGAUAUUGAUGAGUCGUUGAGAGAGCCGAAGGAGAACAACGGUGAGGCUGAAGAUGCCAAUGGCGCCUUAACACCUUCGCGUCCCGUUCUGCUGGAGACUCCGUCGGAGUUUAUUAAUCCGUGGGAGUCGAAUAAUAGUUUUAUGGGUCCACCCCUGCCCGAUGAAGAGGAUCAGCAGCAGCAACAUGAUCAACAGCAGCAUCAGCAACAGGAACUCCAGCAACAUCAUCCACAUCAACAGCACCAGCAGCAGCCGCCGUGGAACCAAAUGAGCCCCAUGCAAAUGGGCGGAGGCGGCGCACCGCCACCGCCGCGACCUCCGUUUGGAUCACCCUUUCCGCCCUUCCAGCGUUUCCCCGGCCCACCGAUGAACGGUCCCGACGGGAUGCAGCGCGGCCGUGGCAGGGGUCGGGGCUGGAACGGACCCGGACCGGGGCCAUUUAGACCGCCUUAUCAACGGAUGUCCGGUCCAGGAUUUGAUGGUCCCGGGCCCGGACCGCGACCAUUCUUUCCAAGAGGAGGAGGACCCGGCGGUCCUAUGCGUGGACGCGGGCGCAUGCGUGGUAAAGCUUGGAUGAUGUAAUUACGUAUUAUAUUAUUAGAUUUUAAAAGAGAGAAUCCUAGUUUUAGUCUUCACCUAUCUCACUUUGAUUUAACUUAACGAAAAAAGUGUAUUGUAUAGAACAGAUAACACAUUAACCCCAAAAGAUUGUCUUGGUUUCCCUUUGGGCGGUGGGCAGUUGACGUUGGCAGAAAAUAUUACACAAUAUUUGCAUAAUAUUCCCUGCCCGAAGUUGUUAAUUUAAGCAGAGGUAUUUUAUUUAUGUCAAUGUAAAAUUUAGACAAAAAAAUUCUACUAAUCAAAAAUCAAACUAUGUUUGCAAUUCGACUUAUUCUCAAGUUAGGUUAAAAAAAAAUUUAAUAAAAUUUAUUUCAAGUUUUUUCAGUUAUUUUUCUUUAAAUAAAAAAAAUAAUAUAAAAUAAGACAUUAAACAUCAUCCGUCGCCUUUGCCCAGGGAGAUUAUAAGACAAACACUUGCAAAGACUUUUUAAUUUACACAUUCACUGUAAUUUAAGUUUAGUGUGUUGACCUAGAUUAAUUGUGUACUAACUAUUAAUUAUUUGAUCCGCCUUCGCUUAUAGUUCUUAGUGCUUUACAUUAAUAAUAACUAAUGUAAAUAGUUAUAAUAAUAGUCCCGAAAUGAUUACUCUUGGUUCAAAAAGUUCUAUGCUCUUCACAAUUUGUCAAUGAUAAUUAUCUUCAACAAAAAUAUACAACAAAUUGUUAAUACAAAUAAAAAUCUAGAAAAAAAGCUAUAUUCGAUCAGGCAAAGUUCUUAAACUCUUCUAGAGAAUAUCAACAGUCGCCCAAUCAGCAAUGUUUUCAAACUAUAGAUUCUCAAGUAAUUAUUAAUGGGAAGAGAGACACAAAUAUUUAUAGGUAUGUGGUUUUGAUUAUAUAUACUGUCGACGGCAUAUAAAAGUUAACCAAAUUUAUGAUCAUAGUGGGUUAUAAAUGUUUGAGUAUUUCCCCAAUCUUCGAUUUUUAAUUAAGAACUUAUUGUUUGCUGGAUUGGGUCAGUUUACGGCUGUCUUUAUUUAUACAUUUAUUUUAUCAUAAUUAUUUUUGUUUAUUAGUUGGGGAGAUAAUUGAGAUUUGGUCAAACAGAAGAGUAGAGAACCAUUGUCCAAGAUUUAUUUUGGAACUGGCAAUAUAAUCUUUUAGUAGUAAGCUAUAGUAAGAUAAUAACUGUAAUUGUUAAUAUUAAUACAAAUGUGAUAUUUAAAAGAUAAAAA